AGAAACCUCUUCGAUUUUUAACUAAAAAGUAAAUUCACAGGCCUCGAUCCGCACCACACUAUUGGUCCCGCAUUCGCGCACCGUGCGCGACCGAGACGACGGGACAACAACGGGUGCGUGCGAGCGAGACAACGCCAGCGCGAUUGUGUCAAGAUGUUGACAGGGUGCGCCACUUACCAACAAUGGGGGCGGGGCCAGUGCGAGAGCCCGUUCACGCAGACUGAGACGGAGCGUCGGGCUGGCAGAUGCGAGGCGACCGGCCGCUGUGCUCUCAGUGUUGGGACGGCGAUCUCGACGUCAGCACGUGACCGCGUGUGGAGUUCCGCGUGAAGCGCGUUCACAUUUUGAAACUGACACCCCACAGCAACACGGUGGACUAUGUUUUGUCGCCCGCAACAGUCGCAACGGCACCACUGAGGUCGUCACACCCGGAGUUCUUCGUCUGUUGAUAUUUGAACGAUGCGUCACACGGUGAUCCGGUGGUUUUGCGAUUGAUCUAUUUGGUGAUGGUGUGCGGUUGAGUUUGUUCGGGUUAGCUGUUGUUUAUUAUUAUUGUACACGCACAUAAAUGGUACACAUGUAUAAAGGGAUUGAUGUUGUGUUUACUGUUGAACGAGAUAAUUACUGUUAAUUGAUACGUGUUACGGCUAAUAAAAAACUGUAAAGCUGGCCAACCUGGAGGAAUUACGGAUGCAACCGACGGCGACCGCGACCGUACCCCCGGGAGGUGGUGAUAUGGAAACGAUACAGUCGAUGGACUGGCUCUUCAAGAAGGAAAGGAUCUAUCUAUUGGCGCAGUUCUGGCAACAGAGGGCCACGUUAGCGGAAAAAGAAGUGGCCACCCUCAAGGAGCAACUGUCGAACCAGCAGCCGAGCUGCGAGAGCAAAGAGGGCUCGAACAUGGACAGCCAAAACUUCGAAUCGGAACUGGCGAACAAAGACAAGGAGAUCACACAGCUGACCGAGGAGAACCAGAGGCUGAAGGCGUGCCUGAGCAAGCUGCAGGAGACCUCGAUUGCACAGAUCACCAAGCUGGAGGAGGAGAACGAGCAGCACAAGCACAGAAUUGCCAGCUUGGAAAUUAGGCUGGACCAGCAAAAGGACUAUGACGAUUUGAAAAGAGAGCUUAGUUUGAGAAGGUCAGAUUCGGACAGAUCGACAGAGUUGGAGAAGAAGGAGACCAAGAACGAGAACGAAGGGGUAGUCGAAAGGACGUGUUCGACCCCCGGCCAAUUGAUCCCCCCCAGUUUCCAGAACGUGGAGAAGUUCGGUUCGAUGCUGGGGGAGGAGAUCGUCUCGCAUUGGAGACGGCACUUGGACGCCCGCACUAAUGAGAAAACUUCGUUGACAGAUUGUCCAAAGUCGGAGACGCCGAUAGCCGCCGACUCGACGGAGAAGAGCGCCGCCUCGACGCCGCAGCCCGGCGACGGGGACAACCAGCCCGAUCAGCUGGUCAACGGCAACCCCAAAACGCCCGAGGACAACAACAAUCACCAUGUCAGCAACAACAACAUCCCCAUCACACCCACCAUGUGCGUGGGCAACUUCCUGAGGAACGAGGACUUGAAGAGCCCGUACCGUUUCGAGGACCACAGGCCGUUCAGGUUUGCCGAGGAGCUGGGCAUGGCGCCCGGCUCCAUGGUGUCCAGACUGGGCGAGAGCCUCAUCCCCAAGGGGGACCCGAUGGAGGCCAAGCUGCAGGAGAUGCUGCGCUACAACAUGGACAAGUACGCCUCGCAGAACUUGGACACGCUGAACAUUGCCAGACGUGUCAGGGAGCUGCUCAGCAUCCACAACAUCGGACAGAGGCUGUUCGCCAAGUACAUCCUGGGGCUGUCCCAGGGGACGGUCAGCGAGCUGCUCUCCAAGCCCAAGCCUUGGGACAAGCUGACCGAGAAGGGCAGGGACAGCUACAGGAAGAUGCACGCCUGGGCCUGCGACGACAACGCCAUCAUGCUCCUCAAGAGUCUCAUCCCCAAGAAAGACAAUUUUUCAACAGGCAAAGAGACUGGCAUGCCCGCCUUUGGACAGACCGACCUUUCCGAAGAACGGAUAGCCCAUAUCUUGAACGAGGCGUCACAGUUCCAACAGAUGAAAACCGAAGACAGUCACAGCAACGAGGAUUCGAAAUCGCCGCACGGCUGUUCCAGUCCCUUCUCCAAAGACUCGUCGAUGAACAAACGAUUGAAAAAGUACGAAAACGACGACAUCUCGCAGGAGAAAGUGUUGAGGAUCUAUCAGGAAGAGCUGGCCAAACUUAUGGGCAGACGGAUGGAGGAGUCCAGAAAUCCCAGAGAGGCAUUCCAUGGUAUGUUUCUGCCCCAAUUUUUCAGUAGCAACCCAAUGGAUCGUACCCAAGAGGAGAUCCGCAUGGCCUUGGACGCCUACCAUCGUGAACUUGCCAAACUGAACCCAGGAGCGUCACCUCAAAUGCCCCUAGGUCUGCUAGCCCUGCAACAACAAGCCUUGGCCCAGCAUCAACAAUCAGUCUCCAACGGAGGCGUUCAAGAUCUGUCCAUCCCCAAGGACAAAAUGAAACUGAUGAACGGUCUUGAGGAGAAAGACAUCAAACAAGAGGACAUGAGACACUCGGGCAGCGCCUUCAGUUUGGUGCGACCGAAAAUCGAGCCAGGCACUCAAAACACAGGAUCCACUGCUUCCAGCCCGUUGGGCAACAACAUUCUACCCCCCAUGACGAGCGGGGAUGAAUUCACAGGAUCUGCUGCGGCCAGCCCGCUGCAAAGAAUGGCUUCCAUCACCAACUCGCUGAUCUCACAGCCUCCUGCGCAGCCGCAUCAUUCCACCUCGCAACGACCAUUGAAGGCCGUCCUUCCGCCAAUCACCCAACAGCAGUUCGAUCUCUACAACAAUCUGAACACCGAAGAUAUUGUCAAGAAGGUUAAGGAACAAUUGAGCCAGUACUCGAUCAGUCAGAGAUUGUUCGGCGAGAGUGUGUUGGGAUUGUCGCAAGGUUCCGUCAGUGAUUUAUUAGCCAGGCCGAAGCCCUGGCACAUGUUGACCCAAAAAGGCAGGGAACCCUUCAUCAGAAUGAAGAUGUUCCUUGAAGACGACAACGCAGUCCACAAACUGGUCGCCAGUCAGUACAAAAUAGCUCCUGAAAAGCUCAUGAGAACUGGAGGAUAUGGAGGAGCUUGCAGUACAACGAUCUCAAAACCCAUGCCUCCAACAACCAAGAUGCUGUCGGAAGCUGCAGGUCUCUUGAACAAGAUGCAAGAGACUCAAAGUCUCAUGCCAUCAUCCCUUCAGUUGGGACCGCCACAAAACAACAACCCACAACCGCCACCACCUCCUAUGUUACUAACACCACCCGGACUUCCCCCACAUCACGCCAUCAACUUGCAAAACCCUGACCAUCUGAAGAAAUCCAACGCCAGUCCUUUGGGAGUACCCCACUCGCCGAUGGGCCAGACACAAGGUGGCCUCAGGAACAUGCAACAACACAUGUCGCCCAGCGUCUACGAAAUGGCGGCCCUCACCCAAGACCUAGACACACAAGUGAUCACAACCAAAAUCAAAGAAGCCUUGUUGGCUAACAACAUUGGACAAAAAAUAUUCGGUGAAUGCGUCUUAGGCCUGUCACAGGGUUCAGUGAGCGAAUUGCUGAGCAAACCCAAGCCGUGGCACAUGUUGAGUAUCAAAGGCAGAGAACCGUUCAUCAGAAUGCAACUGUGGCUGAACGACGCCCACAACGUCGACAGGCUGCAAGCGUUGAAGAACGAAAGACGAGAGGCCAGCAAGAGGAGACGAUCCUCCGGCCCCGGCGCCCACGACAACAGCUCCGACACCUCUUCGAACGACACAUCCGAGUUCUACCACUCGAAUUCUCCCGGACCCGGACCACAAUCGGCCAAAAAGCAACGCGUGCUCUUCUCCGAGGAACAAAAGGAGGCGUUGAGACUCGCGUUCACUUUGGACCCAUACCCCAAUGUGGCGACGAUAGAAUUCCUGGCCAACGAACUGGGCCUGUCGAGCAGGACCAUAACCAACUGGUUCCACAAUCACAGAAUGCGUCUGAAACAACAGGUGCCCCACGGCAUGCCCUCGGACAUUCCGCCGAGAGAUCAGAGUGGAAGCAACGCACCCUUCGAUCCGGUACAGUUCCGACUGUUGCUCAAUCAGAGGCUCAUGGAGCUGAGCAAGGAGAGGAUGGGCUUGAGCGGCGUACCGCUGCCCUAUCCGCCAUACCUGACGGCCAACACGAACCUGGCCGCCCUGAUCAGUCGGGGGUUGUUGCCCACCGGUGACAUGGACUUGGCCGCCUUGAACAACGCGGUCAAGGAACAGAUGAGCGGCUUGGACUUGUCGAUGCCGUCGCUGAAGCGGGAGCCCAUGUACGACGAUGAGGAAGAUGUGGAAAGCAACGUGGGUUCAGAGGAUAGUAACAUGUCGACGGGUAGUUUGCACGGAGAAGUGAAGAUCGAACAGAGAGAGACUCCGAGGAGUGCGAACCAGGGGAGGUCGAGCAGGAGAAAACCUGUCGCUCCGCAGUGGGUGAAUCCCGACUGGCAGGAGGAUAAAGAUAAAACACCGACCGGUGACGAGGUGAUCAUAAACGGUGUGUGCGUCAUGCAGACUGAGGACUACGACAGAGGCAACUCCGAAGAGACGGUCCACGUCGAACCCACACCGGUGAACGACAGGUUCGACGACGACAGAUCCGACGCCUCGUCGGUAAGCGAGAAGCACGACGACAAAAAAAUGGAGGAAGAUGAGGUUGAGGACAGUGUGCAGAAACAGGAGGACAGUGAUAAACAGGUGAAACAGGAAGAGGAACAGGAACGGUGGGACUAUUAGUGCGCAGUGGAGAUAGAGUAAAAAAAGACUUCCAGCGGAAGAUUUGUUAUUGUUGUUUACUAUUUUCUGUUGUUUUGAGACGUGCAAUCAUUUAAGAGAUGGAACUGAAGGCCCACAAAACAUGUUUAAUUUAUUGUGAUUUUAUUGUACUAUGCGCCGGUUCGGUCCGGACUGUUUUUGCCAAAGUUUUGCGCGUGCGCAGCCACGCACUAGGACAAUCGUUUUUCUUUUUUUGUUCUUCGAAUGAUUUUUUUUGUAUUUAUAUUAUGUAGUUAUAAAUAAGACUGUUACCAUUUAUUGAUUAUAUAUAUUACAUUAAGCCUUUGUUUUUUGGCGAAUGUUGCAGAAAUGUUUUAAACAUUGUGAUAAACUUUUUUUUUAAUUUAAUUUGUCUCGUGCUUUCCAAGUUGAUUGUUGAUUAACGGCCAAAAUAUAUCACAUUAGUCCCAAAGUUUUUUUUAUUCUUUCUUUUUAUUUUGUACAUAUUCACACACUUCCUCUAGUCUAUAAUUUUUUUUAAUUAAUUAACUUUAACGAAGGGCAUAAUACAGCUGAUACCAUUUUUCUCAAAAUAAGGCCAGUACUGAUUAAUUGUUAAUUUAUUUCGCCGCUAAUUCUUAAGUGGUUUUUUUUAAUUUAUUUGGCUUGUCGAUCUCAAUUCACCCGGUAUUAAAAUAAAAAAACAAAACGUUAAAAAUUGUUAAAUAGCUUUAAUUUGACGUAAAAUAGAAUAAAUAACGUUACAUAUCGUUAAACAAUAAGUAAAUAAAAAAGAUUUUUGAAUCCAGCCAAAAUAAAUAUUUAUAAAUAUUACAAACACAAUCUUGCCAUAAAAUUAUAUAUCUGUUUAUCUUGGUUUUGAUUAUCUUGGUUUGAAUUUUUUGAAGACAUUGUUCUGUUGACACACAGAAGUUUUAGCGUUAAAAUUCUGGAUCUGAGUGCAAUAUUUGAGUAUAUUUUGGCGAUAUACCAAAAAAAAUUGUAAAUUCUUCCAUUUCAAUGUAUUUCGAGGACAUUGUAAAAUAAUACGUAAGCCCGGAGUUUCGGAAAACAUACGGAUUCGGGUACAUUAUUAGCAAAAUAUGUAUAAUAUGCACAUUUUUUGAAUAAAAACAUGCAUGUAGGAACAUAGUAUAGAUUUUUUUGCCGUAGAAGAAAAAAAAUGAUUAAAAAAGAAGGUUUUUAUCUGCAUUUUUCCGUUUCUGUUAUGUGAAAUAAACUUUCUAGGUACAGGAAAACAAAAAAAAAAACGCAACAUACGUAAUAUGACUCGUUGUUAAAUAGAAAAUUAUUCUUCCAAAAACAUUUUCGAGAUGUUACUCAAGAAAGUUUAUUUUUCGUUUUUAUUAUAUUUUAUAUUAUAGAAGAAUGAUACAAGAUAGAUCAUAGAUCUAAUUUUUUUAAUGUAAAUAUUUAUAUCAUAUCAAUUCUCCUUUUAAAAUUUCUAAAUUAAAGAAUUCUCUGUAUUUAAA